UUGACACUGCGAAUUUUACAAGAAUUUAAAACAAACAUUAAGUGUACCAGUAGGCCGGAACGGCAGCUCUGGAGUUGGGUGGGGAUGGAGCUGGGUGUUUAACGUUAAUAAGAUGCUGGGACUGGUAGUUAUCUGUGGUUAGUAGUGAGACCAAAUUAGCUGUAGUUCCUAAGUUCGUUUAAUGGCCGUGGUGAAGACGUUACGCGUUAGCGUAUAUCCGAGGGGGUACCUGGAAAGCAGCCAUUCACAACUGGGAAGAACAAGGCACAGCUAGCAGUAGCCAAAGCAGAGAAGCGAUCAGGCUCAGCUCCUGGAGCUGAGAACACAGAACUACCAGCUUUCUGAUGACUUGCGGAAAAACACAGCCGAGCUCAAUGUUGUCCGCCAGAAGACCUCAAACCUGGAGAAGGAGCACAUGAAAGCACAGAAGGCUCUGAGUAAGAGCAAAAAGGCUCAGGAAGUGGACGCCCUGCUGAACGAGAACGAGAUGCUCCAGGGCAAGCUGCACAGCCAGGAGGAUGACUUCAGACUGCAGAAUAGUACGCUGAUGCAGGAGCUGUCCAAGCUCUGCUCCCAGAUAGAGCAGCUGGAGCAGGAGAACAAGGCGCUAAAGGAAGGGAAGACGGUGCCGCCUCCUGCUUCCAGUCCCGCCUCCAGCCCCCUAGAUGGAGAGAUGCUCCGCCUCCAAGCCCAGAACUCCGCCUUGCAGAAAAACAUGGCAGCCCUUCAGGAGCGCUAUGACAAGCUGGUCCAGGGUGACAAAGGCACAGAGCAAGACGAGUUCCCGGUCACCACGGUGGACGGACGGUCUGACUCAAACGGCAUCUCAGCGCAGUCGGAGGGCGGUCCCGACAGGCCGGAGCAGGUGGUGGGAAAGUGCAGCAAACUGGAGCAGCGGGUGCAGGAGCUAAGUGAGGUGGAAUUACGGCUGCACACAGAGUUGGAGGAGAAGCGCUUGCUGAAGGAGCAGCUGCAGGCCCUGGAGUCAUCCAAGCAAACGGACGUGACAAAACUUCAGGAGGAAAUCGCUAAGCUUACAGACAAACUAAAGAAAAAACAAGAAAGCUUCCAGCGUUUGCAAGGAGAAAAGGAGGUUCUGUACACUGACAGCAGGACUAAAAUUGAUGAGAUUCAGCAGAAGAAAGAGGAGGAGUUGAAAUCCAUGAGCCUCCGUAUCCAGAAACUGCAGGGAGACUUAAUGUCAGCCAAUCAGACUAUCGCAGAGCUGAAGGAACAGCUACAGAGCCAGCAGAAAGAGCAGGAUAAGGCUCUGCACGAACUCAGAGAGCAGGUAGCAUGUCAGAGUGCAGUGAGUCAGGAGCAAGUAGAGAGCAUCCUGAGUGAGAAUGAUGCUCUCCGGACUAACCUAGCAGCCCUAGAACAGAUCCAGACAGUGAAGACCCAGGAGAUGAACCUCCUCCGUGACCAGAACAUGUCUCUCAGCGUGGAGCUGCAGCAGAGGCAGACCCAGCAGGAGAGCUUCCUGGCCCAGAAGGAUGACCUGAGCUCUCAGCUGCAGGAGGCCAACCGAGCAAAUGGCAGACUACUGGAGCAGCUGACGGAGCUGGGCCAGGAGAAGGAGAAGGUGCAGCAGGAACUGGAAGAUGCGAGGAAGACGGCAGACAAGCGCAAGGCCAUGCUAGAUGAGCUGGCCAUUGAGGUGGCCCAGGAGAAGUCCCGGCACAAGGAGGAACUGAGUGACGUGCGCUUGCAGCAUGAGAAGGAGGUGCUGGCAGUCCGGGCGCGUUACGAGAAGGAGCUGCGGGACCUCCACGAGGACAAGAACCGCACCGAGGAAGAGAUCCGCUCCCAGCUGCGUGACGAGAAGGCUCGUACCCGGGAGCUGGAGAGUCUGCAGUACACGGUGGAGGAACUCAGGGCCCAGAUCCAGUCCAUGGAGGGAGCCAAGGGCUGGUUCGAGCGCCGCCUCAAAGAAGCGGAGGAGACUAUGGAAAAGAGCACCUUGGAGCACCUGGAGCAGAUCCGGACGCUGGAGAUGGAGCAAAAAAGACAGCUGCAGGAGAAGGAGGCGGAGGUGGAGGAGGUGAGGCGGCAGCUGAAGGCCGUGGAGGUGGAGCGGGAGGAGCACAGCACCACCAUUGGGAAGCUCAAACAGGAGAUUAAGGACACAGUGGAUGGACAGAGGAUCCUAGAAAAGAAGGGGAGCUCAGCACUGAAGGACCUGAAGAGGCAGCUGCACUUGGAGAGGAAGAGGGCCGACAAGCUCCAGGAGAGGCUGCAGGAGAUCCUGACCAACACCAAGACCAGGACGGGCCUGGAGGAGCUGGUAUUAUCUGAGAUCAGCUCCCCCAGUCGCACCCAGCAGACGGGUGACAGCAGCAGCAUCUCGUCCUUCAGCUACCGGGAAGCCAUGAAGGAGGGGAGCGCAGCACAGAGCACCAAUAAGUCGAACACCGGUAGCCCCCAGUCGCAACGCCCAGCGGACCUGUCAGACGAUGAAGUCGGCGAGCUCUUCCAGCGCCUGGCAGAAGUGCAGCAGGAGAAAUGGAUGCUGGAGGAGAAGGUGAAGCACUUGGAAGUGAGCUGCGCAUCCAUGGCAGAUGACAUCUGCAAGAAGAGCGCCAUCAUCGAGACCUACGUCAUGGACAGCAGGAUAGAUGUGUCCUCAGCGGCAUCUGCGUCGCACGGGGGCCCGCUGGAGCGUGGGGGCCUGGGCUCUGUUUUGAGGGACCUGGUGAAACCUGGAGAUGAGAACCUGCGUGAGAUGAACAAGAAGCUUCGCAACAUGCUGGAGGAGCAGCUAACCAAGAACAUGCACCUCCAGAAGGACCUGGAAGUUUUGUCUCAGGAGAUCGUUCGCUUAAGCAAAGACACGUGCACAAGUUCAGGUGGGGAUCCUACAACUACUGGCUAGCACUGGAAACAGCCCCCACCUGCCACCCACUCCAUUUGACCCCUUUUCACCGUUUCUGCAGCUGAGACGAGGUGGAUGCCACCCGGCUGUGUAAAGGACUGUAACCUCUGGCAGGGAGGGAGGUGGAGAGGGAGACGGAGGUUUGAAAUGUAUCUGCUACUGAAUGUAUUUAUUGUCACAAUGAGCUGUGUCUGUAAAUCUGGCGACCUUGUGAUGUAUGUGGCACGGUGGCAGUGCCACCAGGAGCCGGGGGGGGGAAGGUGUGUCUUCACGGUGCAGCACUCAUUCCUACCUUUGAAGGACUUCGAUGGGUCACAUGAAGUGAACCUCAUAGCAACGCUACUUUAGACUUGCUUUGUUGACAUAGAGAAUUCCUUAUUAAGCUCUACAUAAGUCAAACUUAAUCUGCAGUCUGUUUGGAACCACAGGUAUUCGCUAAUUCAAACAGCCAUAAUUAAUCUUUUUUUUCUAAAGCCCGAUUAAUCGGUGACCGUCCAUCUCGGCAAAUAAGGGACCACGAUCAGGAUGUAAUAAAGGGUCGAGAGGUAAUACAAAGUCUUAUAUAGUACUUAAUAAGGUCUUAUGUCUGCAUUGCACAUCCAAAGUGAAGUCAUCGUGCUCACGGUUAGACGAUAGGAUUUCGUUAGUCGGUUCGCUGAAUUGCGGCUUUCAGGUUAAAUGUCAUUAGGGGAGCCCAAAGAGCGUCGGCAGCCCCCUGAUCAGGUCCCCCCUCCAUGGCCCCUCUUGUAUCUUUCCGUCCAGUCCUCUGGCUAGCAUGCCCCCCACCCUCGUCCCGCUAGGGCCAAGCAACAUGGCGCUUCCUCCAUAAAAUGUGUCGCUUGACUUCUGCUGGACAGAUCGGUGUGGGAUGAUCACAUGACCUGCCCUAACUCCUGUGAAUACGUUGGUUCUGGGGGGGGGGGGGGCAGGGACGCUAACUGUAACAUGGGAAAUCCGUAGGGGGGGCAUUCCUGGAGAAGAUGCGCCAGUCUUAUACAUAUUAUUCAGACAUAUUCAGACGCCUUAGGCUGAAAAUGUCCCUUUUUCAUUCUGGGGCUGAGACUUUAUUUAUUUGAUUUUCUUUUGCCUUUGACUUGCAUUUGCUGUACAUCUGCAGUAAAAGGUGGCUGCUUGAACUCUGUAAAUCUGUAUAACAAAAUGCUAAUUUAACACUUAAAACCAUGCUGGUGGGAAAAAAGACACGGGCUGCCUGUUUGAACCCCGAGCUUAAAAUAGUCCAUCUAGGUCAUUAUGUAAGGAUUCUGGUUUUCGAGUAAAUGCCGCUUUUCCUGAUCGCACUUUUACACUAUUUCAUUACGCUUCUUUUUGGCAGCAUGCUGACACCCCCCUGACUGCUCAUUUGAAGUUAGGCAGUCCUUUCUUUGUUGUUAAAUCCUGAGGUAGUUCCCCCCCCCCCCAGCACAAACAGCAUGGUGACUGCAGCCUUCCUGGGAGAACUUCCACAUCUGCUUCACUACGCUGUUACCCAACAGCGCCCAGCUGCCUCUCUGUGCUGAGGUUUCACACUCCAGUUCCUGGAAGCUGGUAGUCUUUUGUUCCCACUUACAAUCCCAGUUGGUUAGAUAUACAACUGGCAUCUAUUACACUGGAAGACUGCGUUUGAAUUAAUUCUUCGACAUCACAGCAGGGGAGGGUUCGGCUUGCUGUAUGAUGUAUCGUUCCUUACUUCCUUUAUUUUAAGUAUGUGCUCUUUUAUCAGCUAAAAAGUUGCAGCUUGAUUCCCAGUGGCCAAAUUCUGUAACUGGUGGGAAGCUGCUGUCUACCUGUAAGUUCUCCAGGUUCUGCUCUGGCUAGCACUGACAUUUGAGCUUUACUGCUGCCUGGGGGGGGGGCGGGUCUACUGCUAGGAUGCAUCCCACAGAUAUGACGGAGUAAGGCCAGAAUGUGUUUAUGUGACUAGUAACAUUUAUACUGGGUUAUUAAAAUUCCCAGUUAGAUACAGAUGGCCACUAGCUUGCUCAAGCAUUUUUAUCCUGUUUUAUAUCAUCUGGAAUUCACACCUUCAUUAUCAUAAUUGUUGCAUAAUGACUAAUUUACAAAAUAUCUUUGUAUUAAUCAGCAUAUCUACCCCCUAAUAAAAUAUUGAUUCUGCAUUUUUUUCCCUUUGGAAUGUAGAGUUUUAUCUUUCAAAAAAUUCCUUUACAUUACAAAUUCUGUUCGUAUCCCAGCCUCAAAGGUGCGCUAAACAUUUUGCUUUGAAUAGAAGUAACUCCAUUUAAGCCGUGACACUCAGUUAGCAUGUAGCCCAAGAGCGACUGAUGUAUGCUACAUAUUCAUUCUAUAUAACAUGGUGGACUGAGGAGGACUAGACCUGGACCUCCUGAUGGGGUUGUCAUCUCAUUAGUGACACAUUAUUAAAUUUAUUAAUGAAGUGAGGAGAAAAACGAGGUUGGGGGGGUAGGGGUGGGCAUUUGGUCGCUCUUGUAGGGAGUUAAUGUUGUUCUGUAGCCUCUAAUGCCAGUCCAGGCAUUUUAUACACGCAUUCAUUUAUUAACUAUUGAUGGAUUAUUGAUUUCCCAGAUGUGCACGUGAGCCCCUUGAGGUCUGUGCUUGUCAUUAACAUUUUUGUACUAGUAGAGUCUUUACAUGCAUAGGAAUACACUAACACCCACCAGAGAGAAGGUCGUUUUUGGGCAGUAUUAUUUUCAAAAUGUAUCGUGUUCUCUUCCUAGAAAUGGAGAAUUUAUUCGUUUAAUUUUGUCACCUAGUUUUUGUACUUUCUUCAGUGUUAUCUAGCAGAGGCCGUCUGUCCAGAAGGUGCCUCCAGCAGACCUUAUUCUCUUCCACAUGUUUUGUUCCACCACUGUUUUCCCCCAGUCAUUGUUCAUCUUGAGUAACUGAUGGUUACAGGGAAAUAACAUUCGGUUUUGCUGUGACAUUUAAACACAGAACUGCUCAAAACAUUUCACAUGUAAUGCAUUUUACAUGCUAGCUAUGCUCCAGAUUUUAAUCGACCAUAAACAGGUGUCCUUUGCAAUACUAUGUUCCAUGUUUAUGAAUGUUUGACUUGUUUUUGCAAUGUGGGAAGUUGUUGCGACGGUGUUUUCAAGAAUAAAAUAACUCGUACUGCAUUUCUGACAAAGGAAAUCCUCUUUCUAGGUGUUGAAGUACAAAUACUGUUCUGCCUCCAUAUUAACAACCAUCAUCUUUCCACUUCCAGUUCAAUGCAGCACAAUUGGUUCAGCUGAGUAAUUGAACUUUGUGUUAAUUAUAAACCCAAAGGUAAAUGAUUGCAUGUAAAUCCUGCAAACCUAAUUGAUAACUUUCUGACUGUUACUUGUUAAUUUAAAUGACUGACCCAUGUGAAAAAGACACCAUUUUUAGAUGGGAAGAAAUGCAUCCUUUCAAAUCCAUCCUCACUGACAUUACCUGUGCAAUGGCGGUAUGACUGAGCUUCUUUGCUGCAGUACCACUUACCUGACCAAUCAAGCUGCUGCAUAGUUUAUCUUUACCUGAGAAACACACCAAUAAAAAAUAAAAUGAUAAAAUCCCAGAAUUUAGAAUGAGGAUACAAAAAAUGUCUCAGGCGUUGCUUUAGUGCUUUAGCACCCAACUCUAACAAAAAUUUGGGUGGUGAAAUUUGCUGAUACUAACAAACAUUUUGAGUUACUUUUGAGAGUGUUUGUCAGAAAUACAAACUGCAAUUAAUGGUGGCGAUUACCAAAGGAAAGGCAAGCCUCCCCGGAUCAUUCCAAGCAAAUCCAACUGCGUAUAUAAAGACACACACAAAAAACCAAGUAUCACUGUCAUAAUUGCUAAAUAAAAGAUGCUAUUCUGUGGUGACGUGCUUCAUGUUUUGUUGUAACGUACUCUGUCAAUGAUGAAUAAAUGGUAAUGGAACUUUACAUGAAUACAAGUCAUACCACAUGAAAA